AUGUUGUUCACACGGCAUUUAUUUCGCUUGGCGAAACUGUCAUCGGUCACGUACUGGAGAGCCUUCUCCUUGAAGAUGCCAAUCAGUGCUGAUAUCGCUGGUGGAACGAAGGAGCUGAGCGAUGGAAAUCGAAUCCCUAUGAUUGGACUGGGUAUCUCUCGGAUAGUUGGCCAGGAAAGUAUAGAUACGUCUGUACAUGCCGCGCUUCAAGCGGGAUACCGCUUAUUCGACACAGCUGAGUUAUAUGCAAACGAAGCGGAGCUUGGAAAUGCUUUGGAGAAAAGUUUGCCAAAAGUUGGUAUCAAACGUGAAGAUAUAUUUAUUACUACGAAAGUGCAAACCAAAGAUGGAGAUGCAACGAAUUGGGCAGAAGAAAGUAUUCAAGGGUCCUUGAAAAGGCUAAAAACAAACUAUUUGGAUAUGGUUCUAGUACACUUCCCAAGGGACAGAUAUACCGGGAAAGAUGAAUUAUAUGAGCUGAACAAAAAGGGAAGGAAAGAAGUAUGGCAGAAACUCGAGGAAUUCAAAGAUCGCGGCAUCAUCAAAUCAAUAGGAGUAUCAAAUUAUGAAGUUUAUCAUUUGAUAGAACUCUUCGAAUAUGCAAAGCAUCGCCCUGUAAUGGAUCAAUUUGAGUUUCAUCCUUAUUUUACAAGACCGACUCUGAGAAGUUUUUGCGAAAGAAAUGGAAUUUUUGUGCAGGCAUUCUCUUCUCUUAUGUGGGGAAAUAAAGAGAUACAGCAGGAAGAAAUUGUCAAGCAACUGUGCAAAAAAUAUGGAGUCAGCCCGCAGCUUAUUCUCUACGCAUUUGCUGUAAAUUCUGGAGUAGGAAUCAUUCCCAAGUCAGCGACUCCAUCAAGAAUACCAGAUAAUCUGCAUAAAGUAGCAGCAAUCUCCUUCUCGGAGAGUGAACUAAAAGCCAUGCAUGAUCUCGAUCGAAACACUGCAUUUUGCCCAAGAUGCUUCCCAUGGAGAUGCCUCUAAUUCGCCUCAGGUGGCUAACCAGAGAAUCGGCGAGGAUCGACACUAAACUCAGUGAUCUGAUUGGAUUGUUCAAACUAUCUGUGAUACAAAUGAUCUAGGAUAAAAUGUAACGGACAUCUCGGUGUGAUCUUCGUUAAC